UCUCUCUCUCUCGUCUUUCUUUCUCUCCUCCCCUGUUUUCUUCAAUUCGAUUAAAAUAGCUCCAUCAAACAACAGCUGUUGUCAACUUUUCGUUGUCCGCCACGAAAUUCUUGUUUAAAUUGUUUAAAAUUAGAUUUUUUUCAUCUUGAUUCUGAUUUCUCUUUGCCGGAUGCCAUCUUUUUCUUUAAAAAAAACCGAUUUUGGCUGCCAAUGAUUAGAGCGUGGUGUUGAAGGAAGAGAAAUCUAACGGCUGUAUGCAUUUUUUCUUGCAGAUUUCCAUCUGGCUCUGAUUGAAGUUCUCUUCGUGUCCAUCUAGAGCGCCGAUUAACACCGAAUUAGAGUGUCUUCUGAUAAUUUUAAUUUGUUUCUCAAUAAAUUUCUCUUUUUUUCCUUUUCCGUCGGAAGAGGGUUUAUGUAUCAAGAUUAGGAAUUUAGUAUCAUAUCGGUUUAUCCUUUGAAUCCUCCCCUGGUUUUGUUUGAUACAGUUCUAUAUUCACCAAAAAGAAGUUUCCUGAGGGAAAGUUCCCUUCUUUCUGUUUUUGUUCAUUAGAAUCUACUUGCGUUUCGUUUUUUUCACCUGUUUUAGUGAGAGAUCUGUACUGCGAGACUAGAAAUUCGGAAUCUGUACAAGUUUUCGUUCCAAAGUUUGGUCUUGGUGGGUUUAAUCUCUUACUGGCUUUUGGGGGAAUUUGAUGCCAGUAUCCAUUGGGUACUCAUGAUCUCGCUGCUUUCCUGCCAUCAUGAAUAACCAGUCAUACGGGCCAGGAAGUCCCAAGUCCUUUCAUGCUUACCCUAGAGGGGACUUUGAUUUAGAAUCAGGAAACUCCUGGAAGGUCCGAAGGUCCAAAAAUUCGCAGUCCGAACCCCUCAAGAUGCUUAAAUCCAUCGGAAAUCGCUUUUAUCAUUUCUACAAGCGGCACCCUGUUGCAAUUUUUCUCAUCUCAUUGUCCUUUGGAGUGACAAUUCUGAUUGUUCUAUCUGUGUAUGAGAGCCGGGUUAGAAUGAUGGGUUACCGAAGGGUUGAUGAUCUGAGUGUUGGUUCGGGUUCUUAUCCUUUUGCGAAUCUCCACAAUCUUGUCAUGGUUGCGGGGCAUUCGAUUUAUACGAGCAACAGCUGUGGGAAGAUUGACCGUGAGGAUUCAUGGUUCUUGGAGCCAUAUCAGAGGCACCAAGGUCAAGCUGCUACUUUUUUGUCACAUAUAAGAGAAGGGGUGGAGAUUGCAGCUAAGGAUGAGGGAGCUCUUCUUUUAUUUAGUGGUGGGGAGACUCGAAAGGAUGCUGGCCCUCGAAGCGAAGCACAGAGUUAUUGGGCAGUCGCAGAAUCAAAAGGGUGGUUUGGGAAACAAGAUAGUGUGAGGAGCAGAGCACUCACAGAAGAGCAUGCAAGAGACAGUUUUGAGAACCUUCUUUUUAGUGUGUGUCGGUUUCGAGAACUUACUGGCACUUAUCCUCAGAAUAUUACUGUUGUGAGCUAUGAUUUCAAGGAGGAGAGGUUCGCACAUUUACAUCGUUCGGCAAUUGGAUUUCCAGAAGGAAGGUUUUUCUAUUUCGGCACUGCUGCUUCUCCAACUGCAAAAGAGGCGGCGAAGAAAGGUGAAGCUUCUGUUAGGGUCCAGUUCCAAGAAGACCCAUAUGGAUGUCUAGGUUCUCUUCAUCGUAAGAAACUUAAGAGGGAUCCAUUUCAUAGGACCAUCCCUUAUCCCAAUGGAUGCCCUGAGCUGAAGGGCUUGUUCAGCUACUGCGGUCCAGUUCCUUAUCCAGGUUCUCUUCCUUGGACCCAGUAGGAUCAAGGUUGGAUGGAGCUUGUUCCUUGACAAUUUCGCAGAUUAAACAUCCUAACCUUGAGUCAGAUGCAGUAUGGAUCUUGAAACUAACUGUAAUCAUCUCUGCAUUUUCUUUUGCAUACUGUGUCUAUGAGAAAAAAAUGAAGUUUUGCAGUGAGGAUUUUAGAGAACAAAACAUGUUGAAAGAAUACAAAUAUUUUUGGUGAUAUUAAACCGGACCUUGUAACGGUGCCUUGGCAUAUAACUAGGCAUUCCUCAUUGUUCUCAAAUUAAGUCUUAAACAUGAGUUUAAAGGAUGAUGAUGAUC